UGCCCCAUCAUUGGUGUCAGUGUGGGAGGAAUAGUGCCCCAUCAUUGGUGUCAGUGUGGGAGGAAUAGUGCCCCAUCAUUGGUGUCAGUUGUGGGAGGAAUAGUGCCCCAUCAUUGGUGUCAGUGUGGGAGGAAUAGUGCCCCAUCAUUGGUGUCAGUGUGGGAGGAAUAGUGCCCCAUCAUUGGUGUCAGUGUGGGAGGAAUAGUGCCCCAU